GGUCUGGUCCCUACCACGAGCCCGUCCGUGGAGCCAUCACGUCUCCUGCUAGCUCUCGCCAGUACCCCUUGUGGACCCAAGACGUAGCCCAGAGAACAAGACUCCGUUUUCCUCCCACACCCCUUGUACCGAAAUACGCACCAGGCCAAGCCCUGCCCUAGCUUCUCCCGACACUGUCCGCCCGCGCCUGAAGUUUAUAAACAUGAAGGAUCCCGUCCAAAGAACCGCUUCUCCCUACGUCGACCCUUCAGUCAAAGGUCCACGAGCCCAGAUUCUCUCCGCCGGAACCCACGCCUCCUCCCAUCCACAGCGCAACAUCAUCAACAUUGCCGCCGCAACCAUGAUUCCCAACAACGUCAACAAGACCUCACUUCACCCUAGUGGUGUUCAGGCACACCGAGUCGAGCACACUGAGCUUGAGGAGGAGCUUCACGAGAAGGCACACAUCGACUACGACAGGGUGGCCAUUAUCCCCAACCCGUCUGUUCCGGCACUGUACGAGGAUGCACUGGUCUACGAGCCUGGUUCCGCCAUCUCAUCGACGGGCGCCCUGACGGCCUACUCGGGCGCCAAGACCGGCCGCUCUCCGUUGGACAAGAGGAUUGUGAAGGAGCCCUCGUCAGAAAACGAGAUCUGGUGGGGUCCUGUCAACAAGCCCAUGAGCCCUGAUGUCUGGAAAAUCAACCGCGAACGUGCCAUCGACUACCUAAACACCAGGAGCCGUAUCUACGUCGUGGACGGAUAUGCCGGCUGGGACGAGAGGUACAGGAUCCGGGUGCGCGUUGUGUGCGCGCGCGCCUACCAUGCGCUCUUUAUGCGCAACAUGCUUAUCAGGCCGCCGCGCGAGGAGCUUGAGCACUUCCAGCCCGACUACACCAUCUACAACGCCGGCACCUUCCCCGCCAACAGGUAUACCGAAGGCAUGACGUCGGGUACGUCGGUCGCCAUUAACUUUGCCGAGAAGGAGAUGGUCAUCCUCGGCACUGAGUACGCGGGCGAGAUGAAGAAGGGCGUCUUCACGGUGCUCUUCUACGAGAUGCCCAUCAAGCACAACGUCCUGACGCUGCACUCGUCCGCCAACGAGGGCAAGGACGGUGACGUCACGCUCUUCUUCGGCCUGUCGGGCACGGGCAAGACUACGCUCUCGGCCGACCCCAACAGGGCGCUGAUCGGCGACGACGAGCACUGCUGGAGCGAACGCGGCGUGUUCAACAUUGAGGGCGGCUGCUACGCCAAGUGCAUCGGCCUCUCGGCGGAGAAGGAGCCCGACAUCUUUGGGGCCAUCAAGUUCGGCUCGGUGCUCGAGAACGUCGUGUUCGACCAGGAGACCAGGACGGUCGACUACGACGACUGCACGCUCACGGAGAACACGCGCUGCGCGUACCCGAUCGAGUACAUCUCCAACGCCAAGAUCCCGUGCCUGUCGCUCAACCACCCCAGCAACAUCAUCCUGCUCACGUGCGACGCGCGCGGCGUGCUCCCACCCAUCUCCAAGCUGAACCGGGCCCAGACCAUGUUCCACUUCAUCUCGGGCUAUACGUCCAAGAUGGCGGGCACCGAGGACGGCGUGACGGAGCCGCAGGCGACCUUCUCGUCGUGCUUCGCCCAGCCCUUCCUGGCGCUGCACCCCAUGAGGUACGCAAAGAUGCUAGCCGACAAGAUCGAGCACCACAAGGCCAACGCCUGGCUGCUCAACACGGGCUGGGUCGGCGCCGGCGCCGGCCAGGGCGGCAAGCGCUGCCCGCUCAAGUACACGCGCGCCAUCCUCGACGCCAUCCACUCGGGCGAGCUGGCAAAGGCCGAGUACGAGACUUACGAGGUCUUCAACCUCGACGUGCCCAAGAGCUGCCCCGGCGUGCCCUCGGAGCUGCUCAACCCCAAGGCCGCCUGGACCGCCGGCACCGACAGCUUCUCCCAGGAGGUCACCAAGCUCGGCGGCCUCUUCAUCGAGAACUUUAAGAAGUACGAGUCCGAGGCCACCGAGGAUGUCGUCAAGGCCGGCCCGAUCGUUUAGGGGUUGUCGCAUUCCUUCAUCUUUCCGGCCUCCCGCAAGGCCUUUACAGCCCUGUAACUUUUGAAUCUGCCUAUUUGCUUCUUCCCUUUCACGGCUUUCAUGACCUUUCUUUUUCUGUCUUGUUUCCUUGUGUCACCCCAAAAAGAGCCGUCAACUCAUGGGACGGACGGAAUCAUGGAUGUGUUUUUUGUUGUCGCAAAAUCAGCCUUGUGAUCAUGUUGAAUUCGAUGGACGAAGAUGUUUCUGUUGAGAGAAUCUGCUCAGCUGACGAUAUAUAAUUAAAUCUGCUAUCGUAGUAUGGGGAUUAAGUCUGAGCCAAAGUGAGCAACGCAACACAGAUGGCAUACAGGCAUUCUUUCUAUCAUAAUGACGUCUAUGGUUAGUGUAAUACUCUCUAUCGGCAGGACGGCUUUUUUGUUUGGUUUCGACCAAUCGCAUCCUCUUCUUAAUGAGCCCCAAGCAAAAUCACACCGUCUUCUUCUUGAGGCAGAUGACCCAGUUCAGGUGGCCGCACGGCCACAUGUGCUUCUCGCUGCCGCUCCGCAGCUCCCACGCGUCGGCGCCGCCCUCGGCGCCGCACGACCUCAGCAGGGCCUCGAUCUCGUCUGGGGUGCGGGUGCGCAGGCCCGAGACCCAGCCGUCGACGACGAGCACGAAGGGUAUGACGGGCAGCAGGUACGUGAAGAUCAGCGCGACGAGGUCGCGCUCCAGAAAGGCGUAGAUUGGGGUGUAGAGCAGGAUGCCGACGCCGAACAGCAGCGUCGAGAAGAAGGAGUCGACGGUGCGGUGCUGCAGCUCAAAGAUGCCGAAGCCGUCGCUCGUCUCGACCGUGUCCUUGAGGAUGGCGCGCGCGAGCGGGUCGUUGAAGUGGUGGAAGGCCAGGUUGAAGAGCCGGAAGAUCUUGCGCGGCUGGCCAGGUGGCGGUGGUGCGUUGCCGUUGCCGUUGCCGGUCGGCAGGGCCGCGUCCACGGCCGCCGACA